AUGGAGCAAUCGGUGGACGCCCGCCUCUUGCCCAACCACUCCUCCAAUCUGCCCGAGCCGAAUGGAAACGGAAACAUGCGCGGCUCAUGCCCCGAUUUGUCGGAUGAUCAGCUGCGAAUGUGGGAUGACAUCCUCUACAAGGCGAUUCAGAACGAACGUGAAGCGCUGCAGAACAAAGAAGAGCAUCUGAACAAGUUUCGGCGGAAAACCUUUGAUCCGUCGAUAACGCAGAGGGCCAGAAGUAACACACCGAUGAAUACGUCGAGUAAGUUAAAAAUAUAUUUUUUUUUUGAAUAUAAUUUUUAUUUUUUAUACUGAUUACUUAAAAAUUUAUUGGUUGCGGUUUGCAGAAACAGUCGAAAUAAAAAAAAUUAUCUUGAGAGAAAAUUUAUAUUUUUUCUUUUGAAAUCACGGGCUAAAAAUUCUAGGAGUUGUUACAUGUCAGGAGCACAAUAUUUUUAUGAAAAAUCAGUUUUUUUUCCCGAAACUGGCUUACGAUUAGAUGUCGCCAAAAGGCGUUUAUUCUCUGCCCGCUCUCCGCAUUUUUCGUACUCUCUCGGAAAAUGAUCGCUUUCUUGGCUGCGUCCGCAAAGUUGGACCUAAAAUCGCGGGACAUCAAUCGAUAAGAACUGUCUAGACAACAUAUGGGAAAAUAAAAAAAAAAUUUGACGAUGAGACUUGCGCUUGGGGUACCAUAAAAAAUUUUAAAAAAUAUGAUUUUUUUUGAAAGAUCGGUCUGUCCUGAAAAAGAUGAGCAUCAAAAAUCGCCUACAAGAAAAUGAAUUUUCGCGGAAAAAUCAAAUUGCUUUUCACCUCGCGAUCGGCACAGCGACAUUAUGCUCAUUAUUUUCCCGACGGACUGAUAAAUACGCUCUUUUGAAGUUUUCUUUUCAAUUGCUUUCACCAAUUUUUUCAAAAAACUAAUUGGAACACAUAAUUAAUCUCAUUUCUUCUUUUCAGUUUACGAGAUUUGCGCCCCAGUUGAUGUGGAGGGCAAUGAAAACAACGAUAAUGUCCUGACAGGUGGCGAAGACGACUGCGAUGAAAAUGGCAAUCUCUCAAAUCCAAGUGAGUUUUAAUACCCAAUUUAUUGCUUUUGAAGGUUUAGAAAAUUUCCUUUUGCAAAUCCCGAAAAAUGAUUGUUCUCGUGGUGAGACCGAAAUCUUUAGUAAUCAUGACAAAAUUACCAUAGUCAUACGAUCAGACUGUUAAUAAGAUUUUUGAUUUCAAUAAAAAAUAACAAAAUUUCAACAUAAAAUUGGCAGUGGUAUGGCCUAAAGUUUUUUCCUUGGCAGAUCUCCGCUUUUGCGUACUCUCUCACAAUGGAGGUCAUUUUUUUUGCAGAACGACCCUUAUUGGUGAUCUAGUGGAUGUUAAAGCCCCCGGGUGAUGUAAAAAGACUUCCAAAAGCGUGUAUGGGCCUAGUCGUGGUACUGGUCGCGCCAUAAAAUCCGUCGAAUUUGCACAGAGCGUUUUCCGCCCGCCCUGCUUCCCAUUUUUUGCACUAGUGACAUGCACCUUAUGCGAGCUCACCUAGCGACGCCGCCGAAAAAAUUCAAUGGACUUUAUGUCCAGAGAAUUUUUCGCGACUAAUAUUCAAAGGGUUUACGCGAAAUUGAAAGAAAUCCGAGCUGCGCCACUAUUCAAUUUGCUUGCUAAUCUUAACAAAUCUUCUUUUCAGCAACCUCCCUUGACGAAGCCUUCGAUCUCCGUUCCAACUCCUCUUCAACAAAGGAAAACCAAGUCAACCCUCCCGCCAGAAACUCGGAAGACCUUGCCAAACGACUCCGCAAAGAGCUGGAGGACCUGCAAUUCCGCAACACCUGCGAAUGGCAAACCUCCAACGGCGAGGUGAUGAAGAUCAACACGAAUCCACUGUUCGACGUGGGCGCCGAAUUCCCGCAGAAUCGGCGGAAAUCGGUCGAUUUCUCCGCUCGCCGCACCUCCACCCACUUCGACGCCGACAACUUCAACCCCACGCACAUCACCAACUACGACGCGCACAAGCAUCCGUUCGGCACGACCAGUCUGUACAUGCCGAACGGCGAGAAGCCGAGCAAGUGCUCGUUCGAGGAGGACUACUUUGAAGGCAUGAACAUCCGUGUGAACCCGUUCGAGGAGAGCGACGACAUCGCGUUGGAGGAGGCGGAUUGCCCGCCAGCAACGCGUUUCCAACAACUUCAAUGGGCGAUUCAACGACAGAAGGACAAGUACAAUGAUCAGUUGCAAAUGCCCGAGAGGGUGUGCUGCAAUUUGAUGUGA